CGUAUUUACGGCGUUUGUAAUCUUCGGCCAUAUGUGCAACAUUACCGGAUGCGCUCGCACUUGCCCGGACAUGCGAUGCAGCUACUGUGUCCCAGCAUGUGGCGCCCCAUACCAAGUACGAAUCGGCGUGGCACUUCGUUUUGGACUUCCAGCAGUAGAAGAACACGAUUGUGUGAACUGCGGAAGCCAUGUAGAAACGAACGGCCACCAUGGCCUUUCUUGUUCCAGCAGCAGAGGCAGAUGGUCUAGACAUACCGAACUAAAUGCCGAAACAAAGCGGGCUUUGGAGCAUGCUGGGUAUCCAUGUCAAAGCGAGCCACUCGGAAUGUCAGGCAAAGAUAACACGCGGCCAGACGGCAUGACCCUAGUGCCGGUACGGGAUGGUAAGGCGCUGGUAUGGGACUCCACAUGCUGGGACACAGUAGCUGCAACGCAUGUCCGGGCAAGUGGGAGCGCAUCCGGUAGUGUUGCACAUAUGGCCGAAGAUUGCAAACGCCGUAAAUACGCCUACGUGGACAGGAAUAGAUGACCGGGAAAUCAGUUAAUAAUAAUUUUAUAUUCCGUGUAAAAAUGACGGCGAUUUGCGUAGCGGUGUGUCUACUCCUCGGCGGCGCAUGGCCUUUCCAUCCAGUAAGUAAUGGAAAGAGUAUUACGUGUACUUUUAUAUAUAACAUCUGUCUGUAAACGAGCAUUCGCAUUAGCCGGAAUUGAAACAGAGCUUGAACCAGUGGGCUUAUGUCGAACGAAUGGCCAACGCCCGGAUGGCGUUACGUUAGCACCGUGGGAAAGAGGAAGAAUGCUGACGUGGGAUGUCACCUGCGUCUGUACGGUGGCAUUAUCGCAUAUCGUGGCAACAUCCGAGCGAGCUGGUGCAGCGGCGGCAAAGGCUGAACAGGAUAAGGUAACCAAGUACCAGAACAUCACCCCGGACUACCUGUUCAGCGCUCUGGGCUUUGAACGGCUAGGACCAAACGGACCGGAAGCUUCCCGUCUGCUGACGGAAGUGGGUAGAAGGGUACGGCAAGAAACUGGCGAGGCAAGAGCACCGGAAUACCUGCGCCAGCGUAUCAGCAUAGAAAUCCAGCGCGGGAACGCGGCCUCCGUUCAGGGAACAGCUCCACCGGGAGCAAAUUUAGAUCAGUUGUUCUCUGUUCUUAGACCUCCCGAGGCUGUUUUCUGCUGAUUGAGUGUACUGCGUUUUGAUGUUAACUGUUGUGUGUAAGCUAAAUAUACAUCUAAUACAUAUGUUAGCUGAAAAACAUCUCUGUUCUUAUACGUCGGCGGUGUAUUCGUACGCCGCCCCGUUACAAGUGCCUCCCACGAGGAAAAUCUCUUUUGAUUAAUUUUAAUUCCUGUUUAAACCACUUUCCUGUCUAGCGCAGUUAACGUUCACGAAAACCUGUAAGCUGAACAUUUCAAAUAAAGGAAAUUCAGGGACUUCCGGCGCUUGACGCAAAUGCAACGUAAAUCGAACGGGAAGUAGUGCGAAUGUUUAAUUUCGAGUACGAAACAUGCGCUCUGGCUUAGGAUGAUUUUCAGUCUCGCUACGGAAGUUUAUGGACAGGAAUGGAUGACCGGGAAAUCAGUUAAUGACUGUAGAGUUUCGCAGUGUCACUGUGCAGAUACCGGUUUCGUCGAGCAACAGUAUACUUUACCGGUAUAUACAGCGAUGUUACGAUCACGUAAAGUAUCGAAGACGCCGCCGAUAGCCGCUAGAUUGCCGCAUUCCAGGGACCACUGCCAGCAGCAAAUAGCGCCGGCCGGCCGGGCGGGCUGCGGUCCGGUCGCAGCUGACGGGCCGCUACCGGCACACACCCACGUAACCGCCUAAAUAUGCGCGCAGCUUUUGUUCAGCCGUCUUCCUUAUUCCCAUCCGCAUUACAUGUAUAGACUAAGAUUCCCCAUGAGGGAAUCUGUCCAUUAUUGGUCAGCAGCGCAUCUGACCCCGCCCGCUUGGAGAUUGGCCAGCGGUCAGUUUCUGGAUGAGGUAUAUAAGCAACUGCCGCACAGCCAGUUGCCAAUACCUUCCCAGUUCGCUUAGAAAUUUUUAGCCUGCUUGUUGCAGAUAGCCUUGUAGCCUGCUUAUUGCAGAUAGAUACGUGCCUUCUCUUGUAAUACGUGUAAUAACUGUUUUUGCUCCCACUACUACCAACGGUCAAUUCUACAAUGGUUUCCAAGAACGAGCUGAAGAAACUGAAGGUUCCGGAGUUUAAGAAAGCCUGCCGCGACGCUGGCCUUGACGACACCGGCGUACGCAAAACCCUACUGGCCCGACUUUACGCGCACAAUAGUAUCCCACCUUCUCGCAUGGAGGGCGUCGUGGAAGCCAACGGCGUGGUUGCCCCGAAUGACCACCCUGUAGGACCUCCCGUCGGCAUAGCUGCUGCUGGACCGAUGGCCGAGCAGAUUACUGUAUGCGGCCUUGCACCAGCCACCUUGCUUGAUCUGGAGGAAGCCGGCUUCACCAACCUUGACAAACUCCUCCGCCUUCACCAAAGCAAAUCGUACCCGAAGGAUUUGGAGUUCAUCAAGCUCCCCGCCGACCGCAACGAGAUUCAGAUUUUCAUCAAUCAACGAGCGUCACUGGCUGUGUCCGAUCUCCGCCAACUGUUACGUUCCCGCAACAGUAAUGCCGGAUCCGCGCAAGCCAAUGUGCCGGUUGCCAUUACCACCAACGCCCCGCAUGGCACCGAUCACCCGGAGCCAGUCCCGUCGACCAGUGCGGCCGGCAGCAACCGUGGAAGGGCUCGCUCUCGUGGCUACUCCGCCACCGCUCGCAUCACCACUACGGCCGCCAGCAGUCGACCACUGCGCAUUCGGUGCAGCCGAUGCAGCCGAUGACCUUUAGCGGUAUGAACUUUGACGCGUUCAACGCGCAGACGAACUCGCAGAAGCAGGACCAGAAGAGCAGUCAGGCGGCCUCCACCGGCGACGCCUCGGCCGGCUCCGGCCAGAUCGCCAGCAACCAGAACUCCAACAUGCUCACCAACGGACGGCCCCGCUUCGUGCAGCCGAUGCAGCCGAUGACCUUUAGCGGUAUGAACUUUGACGCGUUCAACGCGCAGACGAACGCGCAGAAGCAGGACCAGAAGAGCAGUCAGGCGGCCUCCAUCGGCGACGCCUCGGCCGGCUCCGGCCAGAUCGCCAGCAACCAGAACUCCAACAUGCUCACCAACGGACGGCCCCGCUUCGUGCAGCCGAUGCAGCCGAUGACCUUUAGCGGUAUGAACUUUGACGCGUUCAACGCGCAGACGAACGCGCAGAAGCAGGACCAGAAGAGCAGUCAGGCGGCCUCCAUCGGCGACGCCUCGGCCGGCUCCGGCCAGAUCGCCAGCAACCAGAACUCCAACAUGCUCACCAACGGACGGCCCCGCUUCGGUACCGUUACCGGUGCACACAAUGUACCCGCCGAAUUCCUCCACUGGCAGCCGAUGACCUUUGGCAUUAUGAACUUUGACGCGUUCAACGGGCAGACGAACGCGCAGAAGCAGAAACAGAAGGCCAGCCAGGCGGCCUCCACCGGCGACCCCUCGGCCGACUCCGGCCAGAUCGCCAGCAACCAGAACUCCAACAUGCUCACCAACGCCAACGGCCCGCUGACCAACGCCGGCUCCCAGGGCGGCUGCGCCGGAGGCAACUGCGCCCUGUCCGGCGCGGCGCAACUGCAGGCCGGCGAUCAGAGCCAGGGCCAGAAGCAGGGCGCCAACCAGAACCUCUUGGGCCAGAAGGGCAGCAACGGCCUACAGAUGCCUAAUCUCCUUAACAACAACAUGUUCAACAACGCCAACCUCAACGCGCAGAAGCAGACCCAGAAGACCAGCCAGGCGGCCUCCACCGGCGACCCCUCGGCCGACUCCGGCCAGAUCGCCAGCAACCAGAACUCCAACAUGCUCACCAACGCCAACGGCCCGCUGACCAACGCCGGUUUCCCAGGGCGGCUGCGCUGAGGCAACUGCGCCCUGUCCGGCGCGGCGCAACUGCAGGCCGGCGAUCAGAGCCAGGGCCAGAAGCAGGGCGCCAACCAGAACCUCUUGGGCCAGAAGGGCAGCAACGGCCUACAGAUGCCUAAUCUCCUUAGCUACAACAUGUUCAACAACGCCAACCUCAACACGCAAAAGCAGACGCAGAAACAGACGCAGAUCGGCGGCACUGCUACCGGCACCGGCGCGGCCCAGCCUUUCUGGCCUUUUCGACCUUUCCCUCUAAUUUAUUCUAAUUAUUAUAGUUUAAUCUAAAUUAUGGGCAACAUGAUCUCGUUGACCUUUCCAUUUAUCGGUAAUUUAGCUUACUGUUAUUUUAUUUACAUUAUAGGCACCCUGGCUUCGGUGACCUUUCCCUUUAUCGUUAAUUUAUUGUUUUUAUUGUUUAUUGUUUAUUGAACGGCAGGCAGGUAACCCAUUAAAAGCUAGGA